CGAUGAUAUUUUCCCCAGUGCGAGAUACUCCAUCACCUUGCCAGUGCCACUUUAAUUUUCAACAAGACAAUGGUCUUGGAUUUGUUUGCAGACACAAAAAGAAGUGUUUAUUCUGAAGCUCAGCUCUCAGUAGUCCUGUGCGAGCUUAACUCUUUGAGAAAGGUAAAGAUUCAUUUUUGUUCACUCACACUUGUUACUUGUAUACUUCGAGUACUUCUUUUGCUGCUUUUGUGGUCGUUGAACGAUAUUGUUUACAUCAGGUUGUUUUGGAACCAUAGAACUGUGGGAGCAAUGAAGCUAAAUUGUACCUUUCUGGUGAUUGUGCUUAUAGCCUCAAUCAAAUUACCGCAACGUGUAAUAGCAGAUUCAGAGGAGGGUUCUGCCAAUACGAAUCGUCAGGUACUGCCGAAAACUAAUGAUAGCGUAAACCAGACAGUUGAUACGGUGAAGAAUGGCAAGGAAAGUAACUUGGUAAAAAAUGGUUUGAAAGAGCGAUUGGAUUCCAGAAAAGGCGGGAAUGAGCAAAAGAAGUUAAAUGGUGGUGCUCAGAAGGGUGAACCUAAGGAGAAUCAAGGUUUGGAUUCCGAGUCUACAAAUGAACCGAAAAAAGGGAAGUUGCCACCAGCGAUAGAGAAAUGUGAUUCGUCUUCCAACCGUUGCACGGACAAUGAUAAGACAUUGGUUGCUUGUUUGAGAGUUCCUGGGAAUGAAUCUCCAUCCCUUUCGCUUUUGAUCCAGAACAUGGGAAGAGUUCCUCUGAGUAUCAAAAUCACAGCCCCGGAUUCAGUUCAACUGGAGAAUACACAGAUUAAGCUCCAAGAGAAUAAAGACACGGAGGUCAAGGUUUCCAUUACAGGAGUCAAAAGUGGCCAUAAUAUCGUACUCUCUGCUGGACACGGCAAUUGCAGCCUCAGUUUAACAAACCAAUUCAUUUCCAUGAAGAUGGCCGGUGAUCCACACGACCCCUCAUACUCCAAUACAGACUUCAAACUAACUCUAUCCAGAGGAUUUCUGUUUUCGGCUGCACUGCUGUUAUUGCUGGCAUCCAUUUUUACGGGCACCAAACUAGGAAGGAAGUAUUUUUGGAAAAAGGACCCCAAAUACCAAAAGCUAGACAUGGAGCUGCCUGUUUCACAUGGCAGCAAGGUCGAGUCUGGCGGGAAUGAGGAUUGGGAUGAUAGUUGGGGAGAUAAUUGGGACGAUGAAGAGACUCCGGUUACACCCUCGAUGCCCGUGACUCCAAGUCUUUCUUCCAAAGGCAUGGCCUCAAGAAAGUUCAGUAAGGAAGGCUGGAAAGACUAAGCCCUCACACCUCAACAUCAUUAUAUAAUGAUAACGGGUAUCGGCUACUGCUGGUUAUUAUUUUGGACCAGGUUUGAUGCUAAUGCAUGCAUAAUUCUCUAAGAUUGAAAUAGAAAAAUUACUCCUACUCGCAAUUUCUUCUCCUUUAGUGCUGAUUGAGUUUGAUGAUCCGAAAUUUCUUGUGUUCAGUAUGUAUUUUGCUAAGAUGGGAGAGGUGAAUUGGUCGAAUUGUUUCCCUUGAUUGCUAUAUUUGUUGUCAGGGGGUAAUUGAUCAUCCUAUCACGUUCAUGGUAUUGAUUUUAAUAUAUUGGAAAUGAGUUAGUUGCUUUUGUCUGAAACUGAUCUGUGUUCUUGUGGAACUCAUUACUCAUGUACAAGGAUUUCGGAGCAUGUUAAUCUGACUUCUCAUGUUCAUAUUACAAUUUCUGAAUAGGGACAUAUGGCUAUGACAUUAUAUGCUUUCCCAUAUUUGCCUGGGGUAAGAAGGCUACAGUCCUAAAAGAGUCAUUAUAUGACAUUAUACAUUUGUUUGUUAAAAGAGUCAUUUCUACUAAUUCACUAUGUUCCAGAAGUACUAAAAUAAUCGAGCAAU